GACCCCGCUCCCUGGCCCUCCCAGCCCACGAUUCCCCUGACCCCGCUCCCUUUCCCAGAACUCAGUCGUCUGAGCCCCCAGCCUGUGGUUCACUCCUAGGCCUCAGCCUUUCCUGCCUUCGACUGAAACGGCAGCAUCUUCUCAGCCCUGGGGGCUUCCCCAGGCCCAGCCCGGGCCUAGAACCCGCCCGCCGCCUGCCACGCUGCCACGCUGCCACUGCCGCUUCCUCUAUAAAGGGACCCAGGCGUCCAGGCCCAGGGGCUCCCGCAUAGCAGGUUCUCCCCAUGACACCACCUGGACGACUCUACCUCCUGCGGGUGUGCAGCGCCCCCCUCCUCCUCCUUCUGGGGCUGCUGCUGGCCCUGCCGCCUGAGGCCCAGGGGCUUCCUGGGGCCAGCAUCUCAUCCUCAGCUGCCCGGACUGCCUACCACAACCCUCAGAAGCACUUGGCGCCAGGCACCCUCAAACCUGCUGCUCAUCUUAUUGGAGACCCCAGCACCCAGAACUCGCUGCGCUGGAGAGCCAACACAGAUCGUGCCUUCCUCCGCCAUGGCUUCUCUUUGAGCAACAAUUCCCUCCUGGUCCCCACCAGUGGCCUCUACUUUGUCUACUCCCAGGUGGUCUUCUCUGGGGAAGGCUGCUUCCCCAAGGCCACCCCCACUCCUCUUUACCUGGCCCAUGAGGUCCAACUCUUCUCCUCCCAGUACCCUUUCCAUGUGCCUCUCCUCAGCGCUCAGAAGUCCGUGUGCCCAGGGCCACGCUCUGGACCUUGGGUGCGCUCUGUGUACCAGGGAGCUGUGUUCCUGCUCACCCAGGGAGAUCAGCUCUCCACUCACACAGAUGGCGUGUCCCACCUACUCCUCAGCCCUAGUAGUGUCUUCUUUGGGGCCUUUGCUCUGUAGAAAAAUCCAGAAAGAAAAAUAAUUGGUUUCAAGACCUUCUCCCCAUUUUACCUCCAUUCCAACUACUUCAAGGGUCACCAAGCCUCUCUUUUGACCCUUCCAAUAGCCUCAAGUCUCCCCUGCUCAUGUUACCUAGAGCUUCCAAAGAAGGAAUUCUAGGCACCCUAGGGAUCAUACCUCCCUUCUGCAAACCCCAGCGCUAGGCUGAGGAUUUCAAGUCUGCCUAGAAAUUCCUGCCCAGGGCUCUUCAUCUGUCCUGCCAGUCGAAGGAGGACCUAGCCCUGGACAUGGAGGGGGCAGACACCGGGAGAAGCCGGGAGGAUGACAGGAGGCAGGGGAGGAGAGAUUAUUUAUGAAGGGAAAAAAUUAAAUUAUUUAUUUAUGGAGGAUAGAGGGGAGGGAAUAAUAGCGGGCCACCAGAAGAGAGAGAGAGAAAUAGCUCGAGAGAUGAAGAGGGAGAGAACAUCGGCCUAAGGAUAAUCCAGUGAAAGAGAAGACAAGCGGGCCUGAGACACCAGGGAGCUCUAGAGAGAAGCAAAACACUCUUCAGAUAGUCACUGGUUGACUAAACACCCCAUGAGGAGACAUCUGCACCUUCUGUGAAGCCCAAUAAACCUCUUUUCUCUGAAAUGCUGUGUGACUAUGUUUGUCUGUCUAAGAAGUGGAAGGAG